AUCUAUAUCUAUAUCUAUAUAUCUUAAUGAGCGCAAUGCACAUUUAGCUCUUUUACCCAUGUUUUACCCGAUUCCCAAUAAUAACAGCACAUUUGCUAUGACCCGUUUACAAAAAAAAUAAGCCGGAAUAUACCUGUUUUCCCAACUCAUGUCUCAAACUUACCAUCUUCGCGGGCAGUUAAUGCAGAAUCAAAUCACGAGCUUCUAAUUCCGGCAUACGCUCUGAAGUUAUGGAAAUGAAUGUCAUCAGCGAUACAUAUUAUGCUCUGUUCAUUUCUUUUCAAAUUUCAAAUUCUAAGUCAUUCUUUUUAAUCAGAGUGUAAUUAUGUGGUUUGAUUUCUGACAAGAGACUCGUGUAGGAUGGAUUCAUAUUCGCAACUGACCUAGGAGAACUCUUCAAGCACAGUUGGUAGGAUGGUUUGAUGUGAGAUGGAUGUUUGUGUUUUAUUUGUGCAGCCCAGCUGUUUGAUAUAAGUUCUAAGAGAAAUAUGAACUGUUUUUUAUUCUAAAUUUUAGACUUUGAGUUAUAUAGAGAUAUGUUGGUUUUGUUCACAUAGAUUAUGUGAUGUUUUAUUCGACACAUGUCUUCCUUCUUUUUUUGCAAGUUGGAGACAUCUUUUAAGAAAAUAUUUUAUAAGAGAAAAGCUUUAAACAGGUCAUAUACCUAGAGUUCUCGGUACAGCUCUACAUCAAUUUUUGAGCAAUAGGGCGGAGAGAAUUUAAAGACAAAAAGCUGAUCAUCAAUUGCAGGAUGCCCGGUAUGCAAAAUGUCCUGUAUCAGCGGUUAGAUAGUAUCAUUAUCAGGAUGUAAAAUGUGAUAGGAUACCUUAUGGUGGUGCUAAAAGAGAGAUAUGAUGUAAUCAAGAGGAGACAAUGGUGAGGAUACUACAGGAAUACUUGAAGUUUCAUGGCUACUAACCAGCAGUAGUGACCGGAAAAAACCAGCAGGUAUACAAGGAUUCCGAUUUGUCAUGAUUCAUAUUUUAGCAAUUUUGUUAAUAUUGGAAUAUGUUUUUUAAUUUCUUUGUGGCCAAACAAACAAUGGUGAGGAUACUACAGGAUUACUUGAAAUUUCAUGGCUACUAACCAGCAGUAGUAACCGGAAAAAACCAGCAGGUAUGCAAAAAUUCCGAUUUGUCUUAAUUCAUAUUUUAGCAAUUUUGUGUCCAAUUAAAAGCCGAUUUAAUUUCCUUUGUUACAAUAAUCUUUAAGUGAUUCAGUUUCUCAUAAUUUAGGAAUUUGUUGCUGUCAUUAGAUUUUAGAGAAUUAGUUCAUUUUAAUAAGAUUUGAGAUAGAUACCAAGGUGGGAAUUACUGUUAAUUUUUAUGGUUCAAUAUCAUAUCAAUAAUUUUCUUUUACACCUAUCAGUGAAAUUAAAAUUGGUGAAAAUAAUUAUAUCAAUAGCUAAUAGAAAAUCUGCUCCAUCGGUAUCGAAAGAAAAUAGAAAUCCGAAAGCAGAUGAAGGUAUUUGUCAUAACAUUUAUGUGUUUAACUGUUUAUUUCUAACAAGGUUGUGUGAUUUAUUGAUCUUUAAAAUAUUUAGUUAAGGUGUACAAUUACAUUUUGAUGAGGAACACAUUUUAAGGUGGUUUUGUCAGUGGACAUGGUAAUGAUUAACAUGAUAUAGGCAAUGAUUUACAUGGAAAAUGUAAGCUUCAUUAAUGAUUUUUACAGAGAUCUCUAUCGUCACAGAGAAUCUAUCGGACAUAUUUUUGUGUCUACAUUUGUUUUGUUUCAGUACUGGAAUCACGAAUCAGGUCGUCACUGUACUCAAGGUUGCAAGGCUUCGCAUACAUCUGGAUUCCUCAAAGGUUCAAAAAAAAUUGACAAAAUAUAUUUCCACUGGUAAAGGUUUUAUUGGGACAUCACAUAAUAGUAUGUGCUAUUUGGAAUCCUGUGUUCAUGGCCUAGAGCUGUCCUUGGAAGAGAUCUUGCUUGAUUUGGCACCGUCAGCGGGAAGGAUAUCAGGUCUUAAUAUUAUGUAUGCAGGUCUGGACAUUAUUGUUGGGAUACCAUGGACAUGAUUCAACUUAUGCAAAAAGGAGUAUAUGAUGGCAAUCAAGAAAUAGAGUAUGAGACUAUUAAGUUGCAGCGGCAAGUAUCUAGCUAAACAUCAGGGUGCUUGGGCAUUUACUUAUGUUCUGGUAUUUUAACCCUGGUACUCAUGGUUGUACAGUUGUUUUUUAAACAAGAGAGAGAGCCAAGAAAAGCCAAUUAUUCUAUCAGAAUCUAGGUUUCGGAUUUAUCAAAAUUCAAACAAUUUUACUGCUAAAAGCCGUGGAAGAAUUUUCACGUUAAUUCAUUCUCCAUUUGGAUGAAGUGAUUUGGUUUUCAUGUGCUUCUAUGUCACUUGAUUGUGCACAUUAUUUAACACAUUUGGCUCGGUGUAAUCAAAUUUUGUCAAGAAGAUA